AUGGACGACCAACUUCAGGGCGCUACUCUAUUCAAACUCGAGGGCUCUACCAUGAGAAUACAAGACGAAGACUACAGGCUUGAUACUUUAUUCUCGGAAAAUAUAUGCGCAGACCUGGGAGAACGCAAAGCAGUUUUCUAUGGUGAACGGAUCUCUGAUCAAGCCCCUGCCGCAAUAAAACUGAAGUUUCAAAUGGACCCCAGAGCCUUCCCCGGCGUGAGGGAGUGCCCUUGGAUCAAAAGCUUCGCAACGGAUAUAUUCCGCCGCGAGGUUGACGCACUAAAGGCCACAGCCACGGUUGUGGGCAGGCAUAAGCUAAUGGCAGAUGAUACGCUAGUCCAGGGCCCUCACUCCGACAACCCACAUGGAUACAUACAUGUUAUUGUCACACAGAAAAUGCCCGGGAGGCCCCUCAAUGAGUACCACAACAUUAGCGCAGGUGAGGGCAGCUAUGUCGAAGAGGAGGUCAUUCGAAUUCUGAACGGCAUUUACGCUUGCGGCUGGAGCAUUUACGAAGGGGGGUCGGAUGAAGUUCUCUACGAUCGCGAGACAAUGACCGUGUAUGAGAUGCGCUUCUAUCUUUGCCUAUGCAUUUCUUAA